AUGGCUACAUACUUUGCCUUGGACAACACAUCGUUGUCUGAACACUUAGGAAUCUCCGUGCCACCAGAAGUUCUCCUUGAACUACACUUAACAUCUCGUAAUCUCGUCAUAGUUGAUUCUGCUUUGCCCUUGCUUUCUUGUACUGAAGUAAACGGCUUAGUUUCCACUUUAGCAGCUAGGUUUGAUGACGUUUUCUCUUCGAUCUCGUCACCUACGAAGCACAGGAAACAGAACAGUUCUCCUUUUGAUGAUUUGAUUGGGAAUCUGGGGAAAAGAGAAACGGAACCAAAGGAGACAGAGAGUGAGCGAGAAGAGAAAGAUAGCUCCGUUUUUGAUGACUUGAUUCCUGGGUUUAGUCGCAGCAGCUCGCCUCCAAAUAAAAGGCCAACUUCAGAGACGAGUCAAUCUCAGAAACCUUCUUAUCGGACAACCAAGACAUCUUCCAAUCUUGUAGACGAUCCAUUUGUAGUCUUGGAGGAGUCUGCAUCAACCCUUAGAGAACCUUCCAAAGGAGAGUUCACAGAUCCAUUGGAGGAAAUUGGUAAAUUCAACAGCAGAAAAACUGAUCAUUCAUCUGUCCGAGGAGGAGAAUUGGUUGAUGUAGAUUCUCUCGAUGGUCUUAGAAAAUCAGGGCCAGAUAUGAAUAGUAGAGGCAAGAGUCACUUGAGACCAGAAAGCAUCAGUGGCUCUCAGUCACCAGUAGAAAGUUCUGGGAAUUACCAUGCGAAGAAAGUUUCAUCUGAUGAAGUUUUGGAACCGCAGAAUACUUCAUCCAGAAGUGUUCCUCAGACUUCUUCUCCAGUGUAUGAAAACAAAUCAGUCAAUUCAGAUGGAUGUUUUGAAUCAUCUGAUGAUGUGUGGCUUACUGUUUCUGAGAUCCUAUUUACACAACCUACGAGUGCUCCGCCACCUUCGAGACCUCCACCACCAAGACCUACACGUCCUAUAAAAAAGAAGGUUAAUGAGCCUUCUUUAUCGAGUUCUACUAACCACUCACACCUUCCUAACUCAGCUAGAGCUUCUGCAUAUAGCCCAACAGUAUCUCCAAUGGAUGAACUCGACGCUUUUUCUAUGGGCAGAAAUCAGACUGCUGCUAACGGACAUCCCGAGUCUUCCUCUGGUGAAGAUCCUGAUGUUUUAACUGCUGCUGUUGCAUCAGCUGCUGCCAUGAAGGAUGCCAUGGAUAAAGCAGAAGCGAAGUUUAGGCAUGCUAAGGAAAGGAGAGAGAAAGAAAAUCUGAAGGCACGUAGAAGUUGA